AUGGCAUCACAGGGCUCAGGCUGCUGGUAUGAAGAGAUGGCACCACAGGGCUCAGGCUGCUGGUAUGAAGAGAUGGCACCACAGGGCUCAGGCUGCUGGUUUGAAGAGAUGGCACCACAGGGCUCAGGCUGCUGGUAUGAGAGAUGGCACCACAGGGCUCAGGCUGCUGGUAUGAAGAGAUGGCACCACAGGGCUCAGGCUGCUGGUAUGAAGAGAUGGCACCACAGGGCUCAGGCUGCUGGUAUGAAGAGAUGGCACCACAGGGCUCAGGCUGCUGGUAUGAAGAGAUGGCACCACAGGGCUCAGGCUGCUGGUAUGAAGAGAUGGCACCACAGGGCUCAGGCUGCUGGUAUGAAGAGAUGGCACCACAGGGCUCAGGCUGCUGGUAUGAAGAGAUGGCACCACAGGGCUCAGGCUGCUGGUAUGAAGAGAUGGCACCACAGGGCUCAGGCUGCUGGUAUGAAGAGAUGGCACCACAGGGCUCAGGCUGCUGGUAUGAAGAGAUGGCAUCACAGGGCUCAGGCUGCUGGUAUGAAGAGAUGGCACCACAGGGCUCAGGCUGCUGGUUGAUGGUGCCACGGCACAGUGCUGUCAUGAGAUGCACCAACAGCUCCUGCGAAGAGUGGACACAUUUCAUGUGUAUGGUGCACCACACUCAGCUCUGUAUUAGUCCUGGCACACGUGGCUCAAGCAUGCUGGUUAGAAGAUAUGGACACAGCCGUUAGGGACUGAUGAAGGAUGCACCACGGGCUCAGCCUGCUGGUAGAGAGGAUGGCACCACGGGCUCAGGCUGACUGAGAGGAUGUCACCGUGGUUAAGCCCGCUGGUUAGAGGAUUGGCACCAGCCUGUGCUGGUAUGAAAGAGAUGGCACCACAGGGCCACUGCUGGUAUGAAGGAAUGGCACCAGGGCUCAGGGCUGGUACUGAGAGAUCACACAGUGCCAGGGGAUCGUGAAAGGUCACUGCUGGUAUAGAGAGGCACAAGGGAACCAGCCUGUAGAGAGAUGACAGAGGCUUCAGCCUGGUGCAAGAUGCAAAGCACUGCUGGUUGGGGUUGGGGAUCAACUCUGUCAGUGACUCACUGAGAUUUCACGUGUGACAACACUGCUGUUGAGGGUCUACUAACACAGCCUGUAAGGACUGUACUGGUUCACGUGCAGCUGAAAGCACUGCUGGUUAGAGGGGAUAUGGGAACCAGCCUGUAGAGGGACUGACUGAGAGGAUUCACCGUGCAGCUGAAAGCACUGCUGGUUAGAGGGGAUAUGGGAACCAGCCUGUAGAGGGACUGACUGAGAGGAUUCACCGUGCAGCUGAAAGCACUGCUGGUUAGAGGGGAUAUGGGAACCAGCCUGUAGAGGACUGACUGAGAGGAUUCACCGUGCAGCUGAAAGCACUGCUGGUUAGAGGGGAUAUGGGACCAGCCUGUAGAGGGACUGACUGAGAGGAUUCACCGUGCAGCUGAAAGCACUGCUGGUUAGAGGGGAUAUGGGAUCCAGCCUGUAGAGGGACUGACUGAGGAUUCACCGUGCAGCUGAAAGCACUGCUGGUUAGAGGGGAUAUGGGAACCAGCCUGUAGAGGGACUGACUGAGAGAUACACCAGUUGGAGCUGACAAGCACUCUGGAGGAGGGGAAUGGUACCAGCUUAGACCUGAGCUUCCGUGCAUGUGAAGCAUGCUGUUAGAGUAGGGAAGCUGGAGAGGGACGACUGGAACACCGUGGGGAAACUACAUCCCCUUUAGGUCUAUAUGGGAACCACCAAACUCAAGAUUCCCUCAGCCUUCACUCCUGUCUCACUAUGGGAACCACCUACAGACUACUAAGUUUCUCCCGUCACUGGCCAAACCACCAGUCCUCUUUCAUGGGAUAUGGGAAACCACCUAGAGACUCUGAUCCCGUGCACUCCUGCUGUUAGGAUAUGGGCAACCACCUAUAGAGCUCUGACACGAGUCUUUCUCCCGUGCCACUGCAAAACCACUCCUCUCCGAGGGCUAUGGAACCCCUGUUAAUGGGACUGACCACAAGCUUCCCGUGCAUCUGAGCACUGCUGUUAAGGGAUUGGGAAACCAGCCUGUCCUGGACUGACUGAGAGGAUCCACCUCACUCCUCAAGCACUGCUGUUCUCGUGUUCAUAUGGGAACCACCUGUUCAAGGACUUCCUGUUAAGGACACCGCUCAGACUCUCAAAGCCCCUCCCUGGUUCAACUAUGGGAACCAGUCCUGUUCAGGGCUACUAGGGAACACCACCAUCCUCAGUCCCCCCGCAUCACUCUGGGAGGAGGCCAUCCACUUAACUUAGCCCUCUCCAGUCAUUGGUCCCUAUGGGUUAACACCACUAAGCCUGCGCCAAGGGUUCUGGGUCACUAUGGGCCAAACCACCAGUCCUCUUCUCCCUGUCUCACUAUGGGCCAAACCACCACUCAACCCUCCUCCCAGUCCUCUUCUCCCUGUCUCACUAUGGGCCAAACCACCACUCAACCCUCCUCCCAGUCCUCUUCUCCCUGUCUCACUAUGGGCCAAACCACCAGUCCUCUUCUCCCUGUCUCACUAUGGGCCAAACCACCACUCAACCCUCCUCCCAGUCCUCUCUCUUCUCCUAUGGGCCAAACACCACUCAACCUCCUCCAGUCCUCUUCUCCCUGUCUCACUAUGGGCCAAACCACCACUCAACCCUCCUCCCAGUCCUCUUCUCCCUGUCUCACUUUGGCCAAACCACCACUCAACCCUCCUCCCAGUCCUCUUCUCCCUGUCUCACUAUGGGCCAAACCACCACUCAACCCUCCUCCCAGUCCUCUUCUCCCUGUCUCACUAUGGGCCAAACCACCACUCAACCCUCCUCCCAGUCCUCUUCUCCCUGUCUCCCUAUGGGCCAAACCACCAGUCCUCUUCUCCCUGUCUCACUAUGGGCCAAACCACCAGUCCUCUUCUCCCUGUCUCACUAUGGGCCAAACCACCACUCAACCCUCUCCCAGUCUCUUCUCCCUGUCUCACUAUGGGCCAAACCACCAGUCCUUUCUCCCUGUCUCACUAUGGGCCAAACCACCACUCAACCCUCCUCCCAGUCCUCUUCUCCCUGUCUCACUAUGGGCCAAACCACCACUCAACCCUCCUCCCAGUCCUCUUCCUCCAGUUGGACUCGAUACCUGCUGGCUCAGUAAGAAUGGAUGCUGUCUUUUUGUCAUUGACCUGCUGGAAAGGAGAGGACGGAGCAGGAAAGGAGAGAUGAGGCCUCACUCUGGUGAGAGAGAGUCGAGGGCAGAUGGUCCAUCCAUUAGCCUACUGUGUUAACUCCAUCACAUGACAUUUACAUUUGACAUUUUUUGUCAUUUAGCAGAUGCUCUUAUCCAGAGCGACUUACAGGAGCAAUUAGGGUUAAGUGCCUUGCUCAAGGGCACAUCGAUCGAUUUUUUUAACCUAGUCUGCUCGGGGAUUCGAACCAGCCACUUUUGGUUACUGGCCCAGCGCUCUUAACCGCUAGGCUACCUGCCGGCCUAUAUAUUAUAUCAUCAGCGUGAUGCUGCAGGCUGGCCUAUAUAUUAUAUCAUCAGCGUGAUGCUGCAGGCUGGCCUAUAUAUUAUAUCAUCAGCGUGAUGCUGCAGGCUGGCCUAUAUAUUAUAUCAUCAGCGUGAUGCUGCAGGCUGGCCUAUAUAUUAUAUCAUCAGCGUGAUGCUGCAGGCUGGCCUAUAUAUUAUAUCAUCAGCGUGAUGCUGCAGGCUGGCCUAUAUAUUAUAUCAUCAGCGUGAUGCUGCAGGCUGGCCUAUAUAUUAUAUCAUCAGCGUGAUGCUGCAGGCUGGCCUGGCUCCGAGUGUUGCGUGUGGCAGCAAUGCAGGGUCAGUGCCUUCAGAAAGUAUUCAUACCCCUUGACUUAUUCCACAUUUUGUUGUGUUACAGCCUGAAUACAAAAUGGAUUACAUUUAUUUUCCCCCUCACCCAUCUACACACAAUACCCAUAAUGACAAAGUGAAAACAUGUUUAUAGAAAUGGUUUUAUUUUAUUUUUUAUUUUUUUUGAAAUUCAGAAAUAUCUCAUUUACAUAAGUAUUCACACCCCUGAGUCGAUACUUUGUAGAAGCAUCUUUGGUGGCGAUUACAGCUUUGAGUCGUCUUCAGUAUGCCUGUAUCGGCUUUGCACAUCUGGGUUUGGGAAUUUUCUCCCAUUCUUCCUUGCAGAUUUUCUCAUGCUCUGUUAGAUGGGGAGCGGCAGUGAACAGCAAUCUUCAAGUCUUUCCACAGAUUUUCAAUGGGAUUCAAGUCUGGGCUUUGGCUGGACCACUGAAGGACUUUCACAUUCUUGUUCUAAAGCCAUUCCAGCGUUGCUUUGGUUUUAUGCUUGGGGUCAUUGUCCUGAUGGAAUUUAAAUCUUCGCCCCAGUCUAAGGUAAUUUGCAUUCUGAAGUAGGUUCUCAUCAAGGAUUUUCCUGUAUUUGGCUCCAUUUAUUGUUCCCUCUAUCCUUACCAGUCUCCCAGUCCCUGCUGCUGAAAAGCAACCCCAUAGCGUGAUGUUGCCACCACCAUGCUUCACGGUAGGGAUGGUGUUAGACGGGUGAUGAGCUGUGCCUGGUUUUCUCCAGACAUGGCGCUUUGCAUUCGGGUCAAAGAGUUACAUUUCUGUCUCAUCAGACCACAUAAUCUUUUGCCUUUAUGAUCAGAGUCUUUCACGUGUCUUUUCUUAACUCCAGUCGUGCUGCCCUUUUCUCAGGAGAUGCUUCCGUCUGGCCACUCCCAUAAUUCCCAGAUUGGUGAAGUGCUGUAGAGACUGUUGUCCUUCUGGCAGGUUCUCCCAUCUCAGCCAAGGAACUCUGUAGUUCUGUCAGAGUGGUCAUUGGGUUCUUGGUCACCUCCCUGACCAAGGUCAUUCUUUCCCGGUUGCUCAGUUUGGUCGGACGGCCAGCUCUAGGCAGUCUGGGUAUUUCCAUAUUUUUUCCAUUUCCUAAUGAUUUCACUGUACUCUUGGAAACUUUCAACACUUUAGAAAUAGUUUUAUACCCUUCCCCAGAUAUAUGCCUCAUCACAGAGAUCUACGGACAGUUCCUUGGACUUCAUGGUAUAGUUUCUGCUCUGACAUGCACUGUCAACUGUGGGACCUUAUAUAGACAGGAGUGUUUCUUUAUAAAUCAUGUCCAAACAAUUGAAUUGGCCACAAAGUUGUAGUGACAUCUCAAGGAUGAUCAAAGGAAAUUGGAUGCACUUGAGCUCAGUUUGGAUUGUCAUAACAAAGGGGUGUGAAUACUUAUGUAUUUUAGAUAUUGCUGUAUUUCAUUUUCAAAAAAUAAAAAUAAAAAAUUCCAAAAAACGUGUUUUCACUUUGUCAUUAUGGGGUAUUGUGUUUAGAUGGUUGAGGGGGGAAAAACAUAUUUAAUCCAUUUUGAAUUCAAGCUGUAACACAACAAAAUGUGGAAUAAGUCAAGGGGUCUAACUGUAAGUCGCUCUGGAUAAGAGCGUCUGCUAAAUGACUAAAAUGUAAAUGUAUGAAUACUCUGUCCGGUUUGUCCCCAGUGUUCUCUACCUGCCUGCCUGGCUGGCUGCCUGGCUCUGCCAUACAGGACACUCAGUAAUCCCCUAGUCAUGUUGUUCUGUUUAAAGUUGUUAGCUAAUUCCCUUCCUGACUGGGUGUUGGCAGAAAGCCAGGCCCAGGGUGUCUGUUGUACCACGAGGCUGGGAUAGGGAGGGACAGGGAGGGACGGACAGGGACAGGGAGGGACGGACAGGGACAGGGAGGGACGGACAGGGAGGGAUGGACAGGGACAGGGAGGGAGGGACAGGGAGGGACAGGGAUAGGGAGGGACGGACAGGGACAGGGAGGGAGGGACAGGGACAGGGAGGGAUGGACAGGGACAGGGAGGGACGGACAGGGACAGGGAGGGACGGACAGGGAGGGAUGGACAGGAACAGGGGCGCGACGGACAGGGAGGGAUGGACAGGAACAGGGCGCGACGGACAGGGAGGGAUGGACAGGAACAGGGAGGGAAGGACAGGGACAGGGAGGGAUGGACGGACAGGGAGGGGGACGGACAGGGACAGGGCGCGACGGGACAGGGAGGGAGGGACAGGGAGGGACGGACAGGGAGGGAUGGACAGGGACAGGGAGGGAUGGACAGGGAGGGACGGACAGGGACAGGGAGGGAUGGACAGGGACAGGGAGGGAUGGACAGGGACAGGGAGGGAUGUACAGGAACAGGGCGCGACGGACAGGGAUGGACGGACAGGGAGGGAGGGACAGGGAGGGAGGGAGGGACAGGGCGCGACGGACAGGGACAGGGCGCGACGGACAGGGACAGGGCGCGACGGACAGGGACAGGAGGGAGGGAGGGAGGGAUGGACGGACAGGGACAGGGGCGCGACGGACAGGGACAAGGGCGCGACGGACAGGGACAGGGCGCGACGGACAGGGAGGGAUGGACAGGGAGGGACGGACAGGGACAGGGAGGGACGGACAGGGAGGGACGGACAGGGAGGGACGGACAGGGACAGGGCGCGACGGACAGGGAAGCAGGGACAGGGAGGGAGGGAUGGACAGGGACAGGGAGGGACGGACAGGGAGGGACGGACAGGGAGGGACGGACAGGGACAGGGAGGGAUGGACAGGGACAGGGAGGGAUGGACAGGGACAGGGAGGGAUGGACGGACAGGGACAGGGACAGGGAGGGAGGGAGGGACAGGGCGCGACGGACAGGGACAGGGAGGGACGGACAGGGACAGGGAAGGAUGGACAGGGACAGGGAGGGAGGGAUGGACAGGGACAGGGAGGGAUGGACAGGACAAGGGAGGGAUGGAACGGACAGGGAACAGGGGAACAGGGAGGGAUUGGGACACAGGGACAUGGGAGGGAUGGACGGACAUGGGACAGGGGACAGGGAGGGAGGGGGAGGGAGGGAACCGGGGCCGACGGACAGGGACAAGGGAGGUGUUACGGACAGGGACAGGGAAGGGAUGGACAGGGGAACAAGGGCGGGAGGGAGGAAUAGGGACAGGGACAGGGAUGGAUGUACAGGGACAGGGCGCGACGGACAGGGACAGGGACAGGGAGGGAUGGAGAGUUUUUAAAAACAACAUGCAUUUAGUUUUGCCCAUAUUAAGCACUAGUUUUAAAUCAGCAAGGGAUUCCUGCAUGGCUAUAAAAUGUGACUGUAGUUUUGACACAGCCAGAUCAACAGUCAGGGCAAUAGCUUACAUAGUAGUAUCAUCACAUAUAGAUGAAGUUUACAUUUAACAGAUUGACCAAUGGUGUUCAUAUAAAUAGUGAAGAGAACAGGUCCCAAAAAUCAACCCCUGUGGUACACCUUUAUGAAAUUCAGACUUAACCCCAUCAAUCACGAUGGCCUGAGUUCUGUCACUAAGAUAAACAUGAAACCAUGAACAGGCGUCAGAGCUCAGGCCUAUCGAGGACAAUUUAUUCAAUAAAAUAGCAUUAUCAAACGCUUUUGACAGGUCCACAAACAAAGCAGCACAUUUCAUUUUAGUGUCUAAAGCGUUGACAAGAUCAUUAACAACUAAAGUGGUUGCUGUAAUAGUCAUAUGCCCAGGCCUAAACCCCAAUUUGAUUUACAUUCAAAAUACAUUUUCUCAGAUAAAGAACAGCAAAGUUGUACAUUUACCAAGGAUUGAAGAAUCUUAGCUAGACAAGGAAGCGUUGAAAUGGGGUCAGGCAGCUAAUGACCAGGAGAAAGCGUCAUGGUUACAGGACAGACACAGAGACAUGCUCCUGUAUUCAGAAUACAUACACUCGCUGGUGUAAAAUACUUCAGUAAAAAUACUUUAAAGUACUACUUAAGUAGUUUUUUGGGGGGUAUCUGUACUUUACUUUUUAUUUUAUUUUUUUAACUACUUUUACUUCACUACAUUCCUAAAGAAAAUAAUGUACUUUUUAUUCCAUACAUUUUCCCUGACACCCAAAAGUCUUAGUUACAUUUUGAAUGCUAAGCAGGACAGUAUAAUGGUGUAAUUUACACACUUAUCAAGAGAACGUCCCUGGUCGUGCUUCGUCUGUAAAUGAUGUCUGAGUGUUGGUGUGCCCCUGGUGAUCUGUAAAGGAUGUCUGAGUGUUGGUGUGCCCCUGGUGAUCUGUAAAGGAUGUCUGAGUGUUGGUGUGCUAGAUAUUGCUGUAUUUCAUUUUCAAAAAAUAAAAAUAAAAAAUUCCAAAAAACGUGUUUUCACUUUGUCAUUAUGGGGUAUUGUGUUUAGAUGGUUGAGGGGGAAAACAUAUUUAAUCCAUUUUGAAUUCAAGCUGUAACACAACAAAAUGUGGAAUAAGUCAAGGGGUCUAACUGUAAGUCGCUCUGGAUAAGAGCGUCUGCUAAAUGACUAAAAUGUAAAUGUAUGAAUACUCUGUCCGGUUUGUCCCCAGUGUUCUCUACCUGCCUGCCUGGCUGGCUGCCUGGCUCUGCCAUACAGGACACUCAGUAAUCCCCUAGUCAUGUUGUUCUGUUUAAAGUUGUUAGCUAAUUCCCUUCCUGACUGGGUGUUGGCAGAAAGCCAGGCCCAGGGUGUCUGUUGUACCACGAGGCUGGGAUAGGGAGGGACAGGGAGGGACGGACAGGGACAGGGAGGGACGGACAGGGACAGGGAGGGACGGACAGGGAGGGAUGGACAGGGACAGGGAGGGAGGGACAGGGAGGGACAGGGAUAGGGAGGGACGGACAGGGACAGGGAGGGAGGGACAGGGACAGGGAGGGAUGGACAGGGACAGGGAGGGACGGACAGGGACAGGGAGGGACGGACAGGGAGGGAUGGACAGGAACAGGGCGCGACGGACAGGGAGGGAUGGACAGGAACAGGGCGCGACGGACAGGGAGGGAUGGACAGGAACAGGGAGGGAAGGACAGGGACAGGGAGGGAUGGACGGACAGGGAGGGACGGACAGGGACAGGGCGCGACGGACAGGGAGGGAGGGACAGGGAGGGACGGACAGGGAGGGAUGGACAGGGACAGGGAGGGAUGGACAGGGAGGGACGGACAGGGACAGGGAGGGAGGGACAGGGACAGGGAGGGAUGGACAGGGACAGGGAGGGAUGUACAGGAACAGGGCGCGACGGACAGGGAUGGACGGACAGGGAGGGAGGGACAGGGAGGGAGGGAGGGACAGGGCGCGACGGACAGGGACAGGGCGCGACGGACAGGGACAGGGAGGGAGGGAGGGUUAAACCCCAAUUUGAUUUACAUUCAAAAUACAUUUUCUCAGAUAAAGAACAGCAAAGUUGUACAUUUACCAAGGAUUGAAGAAUCUUAGCUAGACAAGGAAGCGUUGAAAUGGGGUCAGGCAGCUAAUGAAUGAACAGGAGAAAGCGUCAUGGUUACAGGACAGACACAGAGACAUGCUCCUGUAUUCAGAAUACAUACACUCGCUGGUGUAAAAUACUUCAGUAAAAAUACUUUAAAGUACUACUUAAGUAGUUUUUUGGGGGGUAUCUGUACUUUACUUUUUAUUUUAUUUUUUUAACUACUUUUACUUCACUACAUUCCUAAAGAAAAUAAUGUACUUUUUAUUCCAUACAUUUUCCCCUGACACCCAAAAGUCUUAGUUACAUUUUGAAUGCUAAGCAGGACAGUAUAAUGGUGUAAUUUACACACUUAUCAAGAGAACGUCCCUGGUCAUGCUUCGUCUGUAAAGGAUGUCUGAGUGUUGGUGUGCCCCUGGUGAUCUGUAAAGGAUGUCUGAGUGUUGGUGUGCCCUGGUGAUCUGUAAAGGAUGGUCUGAGUGUUGGUGUGCCCCUGGUGAUCUGUAAAGGAUGUCUGAGUGUUGGUGUGCCCCUGGUGAUCUGUAAAGGAUGUCUGAGUGUUGGUGUGCCCCUGGUGAUCUGUAAAGGAUGUCUGAGUGUUGGUGUGCCCCUGGUGAUCUGUAAGGAUGUCUGAGUGUUGGUGUGCCCCUGGUGAUUGUAAAUGAUGUCUGAGUGUUGGAGUGUGCCCCUGGCUAUCUGUAAUGAUGUCUGAGUGUUGGUGUGCCCCUGGUGAUCUGUAAAGGAUGUCUGAGUGUUGGUGUGCCCCUGGUGAUCUGUAAAGGAUGUCCUGAGUGUUGGUGUGCCCCUGGUGAUCUGUAAAGGAUGUCUGAGUGUUGGUGUGCCCCUGGUGAUCUGUAAAGGAUGUCUGAGUGUUGGUGUGCCCCUGGUGAUCUGUAAAGGAUGUCUGAGUGUUGGUGUGCCCCUGGUGAUCUGUAAAUGAUGUCUGAGUGUUGGUGUGCCCCUGGUGAUCUGUAAAGGAUGUCUGAGUGUUGGUGUGCCCCUGGUGAUCUGUAAAUGAUGUCUGAGUGUUGGAGUGUGCCCCUGGCUAUCUGUAAUGAUGUCUGAGUGUUGGAGUGUGCCCCUGGCUAUCUGUAAAGGAUGUCUGAGUGUUGGAGUGUGCCCCUGGUGAUCUGUAAAUGAUGUCUGAGUGUUGGAGUGUGCCCCUGGCUAUCUGUAAUGAUGUCUGAGUGUUGGAGUGUGCCCCUGGCUAUCUGUAAAGGAUGUCUGAGUGUUGGAGUGUGCCCCUGGCUAUCUGUAAAUGAUGUCUGAGUGUUGGAGUGUGCCGCUGGCUAUCUGUAAAGGAUGUCUGAGUGUUGGAGUGUGCCCCUGGCUAUCUGUAAAGGAUGUCUGAGUGUUGGAGUGUGCCCCUGGCUAUCUGUAAUGAUGUCUGAGUGUUGGAGUGUGCCCCUGGCUAUCUGUAAUGAUGUCUGAGUGUUGGAGUGUGCCCCUGGCUAUCUGUAAUGAUGUCUGAGUGUUGGAGUGUGCCCCUGGCUAUCUGUCUGAGUGUUGGAGUGUGCCCCUGGCUAUCUGUCUGAGUGUUGGAGUGCCCCUGGCUAUCUGUCUGAGUGUUGGAGUGUGCCCCUGGCUAUCUGUCUGAGUGUUGGAGUGUGCCCCUGGCUAUCUGUCUGAGUGUUGGAGUGCCCCUGGCUAUCUGUCUGAGUGUUGGAGUGCCCUGGCUAUCUGUCUGAGUGUUGGAGUGCCCCUGGCUAUCUGUCUGAGUGUUGGAGUGCCCCUGGCUAUCUGUCUGAGUGUUGGAGUGUGCCCCUGGCUAUCUGUCUGAGUGUUGGAGUGCCCCUGGCUAUCUGUCUGAGUGUUGGAGUGCCCCUGGCUAUCUGUCUGAGUGUUGGAGUGUGCCCCUGGCUAUCUGUCUGAGUGUUGGAGUGCCCCUGGCUAUCUGUCUGAGUGUUGGAGUGCCCCUGGCUAUCUGUCUGAGUGUUGGAGUGCCCCUGGCUAUCUGUCUGAGUGUUGGAGUGCCCCUGGCUAUCUGUCUGAGUGUUGGAGUGUGCCCCUGGCUAUCUGUCUGAGUGUUGGAGUGCCCCUGGCUUAUCUGUCUGAGUGUUGGAGUGCCCCUGGCUAUCUGUCUGAGUGUUGGAGUGCCCCUGGUGAUCUGUAAAGGAUGUCUGAGUGUUGGUGUGCCCCUGGUGAUCUGUAAUGAUGUCUGAGUGUUGGAGUGUGCCCCUGGCUAUCUGUAAAUGAUGUCUGAGUGUUGGAGUGUGCCCCUGGCUAUCUGUAAAGGAUGUCUGAGUGUUGGAGUGUGCCCCUGGCUAUCUGUAAAGGAUGUCUGAGUGUUGGAGUGUGCCCCUGGCUAUCUGUAAUGAUGUCUGAGUGUUGGAGUGUGCCCCUGGCUAUCUGUAAAUGAUGUCUGAGUGUUGGAGUGUGCCCCUGGCUAUCUGUAAUGAUGUCUGAGUGUUGGAGUGUGCCCCUGGCUAUCUGUAAAGGAUGUCUGAGUGUUGGAGUGUGCCCCUGGUGAUCUGUAAAUGAUGUCUGAGUGUUGGAGUGUGCCCCUGGCUAUCUGUAAAUGAUGUCUGAGUGUUGGAGUGUGCCCCUGGCUAUCUGUAAAGGAUGUCUGAGUGUUGGAGUGUGCCCCUGGCUAUCUGUUGGAGUGUGCCCCUGGCUAUCUGUCUGAGUGUUGGAGUGCCCCUGGCUAUCUGUCUGAGUGUUUGGAGUGCCCCUGGCUAUCUGUCUGAGUGUUGGAGUGCCCCUGGCUAUCUGUCUGAGUGUUGGAGUGCCCCUGGCUAUCUGUCUGAGUGUUGGAGUGCCCCUGGCUAUCUGUCUGAGUGUUGGAGUGCCCCUGGCUAUCUGUCUGAGUGUUGGAGUGCCCCUGGCUAUCUGUCUGAGUGUUGGAGUGUGCCCCUGGCUAUCUGUCUGAGUGUUGGAGUGCCCCUGGCUAUCUGUCUGAGUGUUGGAGUGCCCCUGGCUAUCUGUCUGAGUGUUGGAGUGCCCCUGGCUAUCUGUCUGAGUGUUGGAGUGCCCCUGGCUAUCUGUCUGAGUGUUGGAGUGUGCCCCUGGCUAUCUGUCUGAGUGUUGGAGUGUGCCCCUGGCUAUCUGUCUGAGUGUUGGAGUGUGCCCCUGGCUAUCUGUCUGAGUGUUGGAGUGUGCCCCUGGCUAUCUGUCUGAGUGUUGGAGUGCCCCUGGCUAUCUGUCUGAGUGUUGGAGUGCCCCUGGCUAUCUGUCUGAGUGUUGGAGUGCCCCUGGCUAUCUGUCUGAGUGUUGGAGUGCCCCUGGCUAUCUGUCUGAGUGUUGGAGUGCCCCUGGCUAUCUGUCUGCGUGUUGGAGUGCCCCUGGCUAUCUGUCUGAGUGUUGGAGUGCCCCUGGCUAUCUGUCUGAGUGUUGGAGUGUGCCCCUGGCUAUCUGUCUGAGUGUUGGAGUGCCCCUGGCUAUCUGUCUGAGUGUUGGAGUGCCCCUGGCUAUCUGUCUGAGUGUUGGAGUGCCCCUGGCUAUCUGUCUGAGUGUUGGAGUGCCCCUGGCUAUCUGUCUGAGUGUUGGAGUGCCCCUGGCUAUCUGUCUGAGUGUUGGAGUGCCCCUGGCUAUCUGUCUGAGUGUUGGAGUGCCCCUGGCUACCUGUAAAUAAAUAAACUGGAAAAUGUGUCCGUCUGCUUUGCUUAAUAUAAGGAAUUUGAAAUGAUUUAUACUUGUACUUUUGAUACUUAAGUAUAUUUUAGCAAUUACGUUUACUUUUGAUACCUAAGUAUAUUUAAAACCAAAUACUUUUACUCAAGUAGUAUUUUAAUGGGUGACUUUUACUUGAGUCAUUUUCUAUUAAGGUAUCUUUACUUUUACUCAAGUAUGACAAUUGGGUACUUUUUCCCACCACUGCAUACACUACACUCAGGAGAAUCAUUUCAUAGCAUGCAGGCAGUUCAAUGGGUCUGUUUCUGCUUUCAUUGGCUACUGAGACGACUUCAGAAACACACUACAUACUUUCCAGCCUCUGUAGUCCCCCAGUCUAUCCCCUCUGUCUUUAUAGCCAGACGGUGUUCAGGCCUCCUUGCUUGGCUGUGUAUCCCCUCUGUCUUUAUAGCCAGACGGUGUUCAGGCCUCCUUGCUUGGCUGUGUAUCCCCUCUGUCUUUAUAGCCAGACGGUGUUCAGGCCUCCUUGCUUGGCUGUGUAUCUCCUCUGUCUUUAUAGCCAGACGGUGUUCAGGCCUCCUUGCUUGGCUGUGUAUCCCCUCUGUCUUUAUAGCCAGACGGUGUUCAGGCCUCCUUGCUUGGCUGUGUUCAGCCUGCUGCUCUUAAGCUGCUGGCAGCCAUGUCCUUCUCUUCAGGAAUGGUUUGAGUUAGCUGGAACUUUCUUUUCCCUCAGCAGAGCACAGUUAGAGCUAUUCACACAGUCAGUCUGGUUCUUAGUGUUGAAGCCUACUGCUGUUUGUUACAGUCCACACAGUCAGUCUGGUUCCUAGUGUUGAAGCCUACUGCUGUUUGUUACAGUCCACACAGUCAGUCUGGUUCUUAGUGUUGAAGCCUACUGCUGUUUGGUACAGUCCACACAGUCAGUCUGGUUCUUAGUGUUGAAGCCUACUGCUGUUUGUUACAGUCCACACAGUCAGUCUGGUUCUUAGUGUUGAAGCCUACUGCUGUUUGGUACAGUCCACACAGUCAGUCUGGUUCUUAGUGUUGAAGCCUACUGCUGUUUGUUACAGUCCACACAGUCAGUCUGGUUCUUAGUGUUGAAGCCUACUGCUGUUUGGUACAGUCCACACAGUCAGUCUGGUUCUUAGUGUUGAAGCCUACUGCUGUUUGGUACAGUCAGUCUGGUUCCUAGUGUUGAAGCCUACUGCUGUUUGGUACAGUCCACACAGUCAGUCUGGUUCCUAGUGUUGAAGCCUACUGCUGUUAGUUACAGUCCACACAGUCAGUCUGGUUCUUAGUGUUGAAGCCUACUGCUGUUUGUUACAGUCCACACAGUCAGUCUGGUUCCUAGUGUUGAAGCCUACUGCUGUUGGUACAGUCCACACAGUCAGUCUGGUUCCUAGUGUUGAAGCCUACUGCUGUUUGGUACAGUCAGUCUGGUUCCUAGUGUUGAAGCCUACUGCUGUUUGGUACAGUCCACACAGUCAGUCUGGUUCCUAGUGUUGAAGCCUACUGCUGUUAGUUACAGUCCACACAGUCAGUCUGGUUCUUAGUGUUGAAGCCUACUGCUGUUUGUUACAGUCCACACAGUCAGUCUGGUUCUUAGUGUUGAAGCCUACUGCUGUUUGGUACAGUCCACACAGUCAGUCUGGUUCUUAGUGUUGAAGCCUACUGCUGUUUGUUACAGUCCACACAGUCAGUCUGGUUCCUAGUGUUGAAGCCUACUGCUGUUUGGUACAGUCCACACAGUCAGUCUGGUUCCUAGUGUUGAAGCCUACUGCUGUUUGGUACAGUCAGUCUGGUUCCUAGUGUUGAAGCCUACUGCUGUUUGGUACAGUCCACACAGUCAGUCUGGUUCCUAGUGUUGAAGCCUACUGCUGUUAGUUACAGUCCACACAGUCAGUCUGGUUCUUAGUGUUGAAGCCUACUGCUGUUGGUUACAGUCCACACAGUCAGUCUGGUUCCUAGUGUUGAAGCCUACUGCUGUUGGUUACAGUCCACACAGUCAGUCUGGUUCCUAGUGUUGAAGCCUACUGCUGUUUGUUACAGUCCACACAGUCAGUCUGGUUCCUAGUGUUGAAGCCUAAUGCAUCUCUGUACUGCCUCCAGCUGCAGGACAGACAACCAGGGGCGCAACUUUCACUGGGGACGGGGGCAUGUCCCCCCACAUUCUGAAAUAGCAUUUUUGUCCCCCCUCCAGUUUUAGCAUGGGAAUGUGAUACAAAACGAGGCAAUGAUGUGCUUUAGGACCAUGCGGACGCCUCAGAGCGGUCGGGGAGGCUGUUUAGGAGUGUUUCUCUGACCUAGAUUAAUAUAUAUAUAAUAAUUGUCCCCCCCCACUUCUAAAACCAAAGUUGCGCCCCUGCAGACAGCCAUAAGGCUACCUCAGUCUGUUUCGCUGGCUAUGGAGCAGCAGCACUGUGACUGGUCCCAGAUCAGAUGAUGCAGGAGAAUACACUGCUCCUCAGUGGCCCAUAGAGGACAUCAGAGCAUUCCUCCUGACGGUUACACCAUCUCUGUUUCCUCCUGAUGGUUACACCAUCUCUGUUUCCUUCUGAUGGUUACACCAUCUCUGUUUCCUUCUGAUGGUUAAACCAUCUCUGUUUCCUCCUGAUGGCGCCUUCCUCCUGCUCCUGCUCCUCCUCCUGCUCUACCUCUUCCUCCUUCUCCUCCUCCUCCUCCUUCUCCUGCUCCAUAACUACUGAUCAGGGCCUAAAAUUAACUUUUUGAUUCACCAGCCACUGUGGCAGGUAGAUUACAAAAUCUACCAGCCACUCAGAAUUUUUUACCAGCUAAAAUAUUGUUUCGCCUUAAUUACAUCAAAAAACACAACAUUUAAAAAAAAAAAUGGAUGGCCAUGCUUUGUAAUGUUUCUAAAACAAGAAAUAUAUUAGUAAUGUGGUAUAUUACUCAAUUUAAUAAUUGUUUUGUAUUUUAAUCAAAAUAUCAGACAAUAUGUUUAGCUGCCCAUUUAAGGGCGGGAGUUUUAUGCCUGUGCUCAGCGUCUCCAAAAAUGAAUCUAUCAGCGCUUCACUCAUUGCACACAGCGCCGCUGCGCGAGGUGGGUUCUAGGAUGUGUGUUUCUUUGUGCAUCUGAAACAAAGCAGCAGAAGUUUCUCCAACCCCAACUCACACCUGUGCUCGUACUUUACUUGUAACUAUUUUUAUUCAUAGGGCCUUGCAAAUUGAGCACCCGCCAAUGUGGCUGGUGAAAUAGACAUCCUUAACUGCCAAUACCUAAAUUGACCCGCAUUUGGCGAGUGUAAAUGUUAAGCCCUGCCACUGAUCCAGCCUCACAUCACCACUGAUCCAGCCUCACAUCACCACUGAUCCAGCCUCACAUCACCACUGAUCCAGCCUCACAUCACCACUGAUCCAGCCUCACAUCACCACUGAUCCAGCCUGGAGACUCUCUGGGGGGCUGUUGUGUUCUGGCCAGCUGAAAGACUGCCCCCUUUCAUUGAAGCCACGAAGUUCAAGGCCGACCGUAGUACUGCAGGCAUUGUUAGCAGAAAACAGGAUCCCCUGUUAUAGUGAAUGGGUAAAUGGCUAUCUUCGUGGUCAAUCUGUGUGUGAAUAAAUACACAUUUCAAAGACAAUCAUGGUACCAAUAAUUGCUUCUAAUAAACCAGAUAUAUGUCCUUGCACUGAUUAUAAAAAAAUUGCACACAGAAGUUCUAAGGAUAAUUUAGUAGCUAACGGCAGCCUGCAGUACCCUGGUCGGCCUUCAACUUGAGUUACUCAAUGAGAGGGGGCAGCACUGAGCUAGCCUGCAACAUCACUUCCUUGGCUUCAAAUGCAUGCACUGAGACUCAGAUUUCUCACUUUGAAAUGUAUGCAAAACAAAAUCCAUUGCUUGGCAUACAUUUUGAAGUGAAAAAUCUUGAGUCUCAGCGUAAUUCCGUUACCGUGAAAUUGCCCAUGCGCUAUUCAGUCUUCACAUAGGAAUGAAUGGUGUCACGUGAUCGAUGGCUUCGUCCGUAUACAUUAGUACUGCUAGAUUUGAGGAAUCUGAAUGAAUGAACAGAUAGAAACAGGGGUUUCCAGACUCCUGCACAUUGAGCACAGAUUGCAUUGUAUCCAUUUCUCUCCUGCAGUCGAGAUGUAACCCUGACCUGUUUGUACCCCCCCAGGUAUGCAGUCAUUGCCUUUGGCUGUGCCAGCUGUCCUAAGAUCACGUGUGGGCGUGAGGGGUGCGGCACAGAGUUCUGCUACCACUGUAAGCAGCUGUGGCACCCCAACCAGACGUGUGACGCCGCCCGGCAGCAGAGAGCCCAGAGCCUGAGGCUGCGUACCUUCAGCUCCUCGUCUCUCAACUACAGCCAGGAGACAGGUAAGCCCGGCAGCAGAGAGCCCAGAGCCUGAGGCUGCGUGCCUUCAGCUCCUCGUCUCUUAGUUACAGCCAGGAGACAGGUAAGCCCGACAGCAGAGAGCCCAGAGCCUGAGGCUGCGUGCCUUCAGCUCCUCAUCUCAUAGCUACAGCCAGGAGAGUGGUGCUGCAGGUAACACCCACUCCAGUUGAGGUUUAGGUCUAAUCGAAUGCUUUGAACCAAAUACAAACUUUGAAAACAAGAUGUAAAUACGUUGUUUUAAACUUCUUAAAGUUACUUUCAUUACUUUAAGUAGGCUAUUUUAACCAUAAGUGAUCAGUCUGCUGCUACAGGUCUGGUGGAAAAGAACCCGAGGGGGACUCGUUUCGGCUUAUGGAUUAUGUGUUAUGGAUCCGUGUUAUCAAUAUGUCAGAGGACAGAAUAACAAACAAGGUUCUCAACUGGGAUACAGUGCAUUCGGAAAGUAUUCAGACCCCUUUUUCCACAUUUUGUUACGUUACAGCCUUAUUCUAAAAUGGAUUAAAUUAGUUUUUUCCCUCAUCAAUCUACACACAAUAACCCAUAAUGACAAAGCAAAAACAGGUUUUUAUAAAUUUUUGCAAAUUCAGACCCUUUGCUAUGAGACUCAAAAUUGAGCUCCGGUGCAUCCUUUUUCCAUUGAUCAUCCUUGAGAUGUUUCUACAACUUAAUUGGAGUCCACCUUUGGUAAAUUCAACUGAUUGGACAUGAUUUGGAAAGGCACACACCUGUCUAUAUAAGGUCCCACAGUUGACAGUGCAUGUCAGAGCUAAAACCAAGCCAUGAGGUCGAAGGAACUGUCCGUAGAGCUCCGAAACAGGAUUGUGUCGAGGCACAGAUCUGGGGAAGGGUACCAAAACAUUUCUGCAGCAUUGAAGGUCCCCAAAAACACAGUGGCUUCCAUCAUACUUAAAUGGAAGAAGUUUGGAACCACCAAGACUCUUCCUAGAGCUGGCCGCCCGGCCAAACUGAGCAAUCGGGGGAGAAGGGCCUUGGACAGGGAAGUGACCAAGAAACUGAUGGUCACUCUGACAGAGCUCCAGAGUUCCUCUGUGGAGAUGGGAGAACCUUCCAGAAGGACAACCAUCUCUGCAGCACUCCACCAAUCAGGUCUUUAUGGUAGAGUGGCCAGAUGGAAGCCACUCCUCAGUAAAAGGCACAUGACAGCCCGCUUGGAGUUUUCCAAAAGGCAUCUAAAGGACUCUCAGACCAUGAGAAACAAGAUUGAACUCUUUAGCCUGAAUGCCAAGCGUCACGUCUGGAGGAAACCUGGCACCAUGCCUACGGUGAAGCAUGGGGGUGGAAGCAUCAUGCUGUGGGGAUGUUUUUCAGCGGCAGGGACUGGGAGACUAGUCAGGAUCGAGGGAAACUUGAACGGAGCAAAGUACAGAGAGAUCCUUGAUAAAAACCUACUCCAGAGUGCUCAGGACCUCAGACUGGGGUGAAGGUUCACCUUCCAACAGUACAAUGACCCUAAGCACUCAGCCAAUACAACGCAGGAGUGGCUUUGAGACAAGUCUCUGAAUGUCCUUGAGUGGUCCAGCCAGAGCCCGGACUUGAACCUUAACAAACAUCUCUGGAGAGACCUGAAAAUAGCUGUGCAGCAACGCUCCCCAUCCAACCUGAGAGAGCUUCAGAGGAUCUGCAGAGAAGAAUGGGAGAAACUCCCCAAAUACAGGUGUGCCAAGCUUGUAGCGUCAUACCCAAGAAGACUCGAGGCUGUAAUCACUGCCAAAGGUGCUUCAACAAAGUACUGAGUAAAGGGUCUGAAUACUUAUGUAAAUGUGAUAUUUCAGUUUUUUUUUAUUUGUAUACAUUUACAAAAAUGUAUAACCUGCUUUUGCUUUGUCAUUAUGGGGUAUUGUGUGUAGAUUGAUGAGGGGGAAAAAAACAAUUUAAUCAAUUUUAGAAUAAGGCUGUAACGUAACAAAAUGUGGAAAAUGUCAAGGGGUCUGAAUACUUUCCGAAUGCACUGUCUAUGUGCUGUCUGGGAUUUAGGGGACGUGGACUCUCUACCUGUUAAACAGACACUAGGCUUCUAUUCCACAUAUUUGACUUUUUUUUGAAAUCUCCAAUUGUCUCCAUCUCCAUCCCAGCUGAUGACAUCAAGCCGUGUCCGCGCUGCGCUGCUUACAUCAUCAAGAUGAACGACGGCAGCUGUAACCACAUGACCUGUGCUGUGUGCGGCUGUGAGUUCUGCUGGCUCUGCAUGAAGGAGAUCUCUGACCUGCACUACCUGAGGUGAGAGGCAAAGGAGGAGUUAGUGGGCUGGCAACACUCUCAGUAGGAGGACAUCCUUCUCUCUACAGUAGCCACAGUGUUCUGCCUCUGAAUAGCCCCCCCUCCCCCCCUCUCUCCCCCCUCCAGCCCGUCAGGCUGCACCUUCUGGGGUAGGAAGCCGUGGAGCAGGAAGAAGAAGAUCCUGUGGCAGCUGGGCACGCUGGUGGGCGCUCCGGUGGGCAUCGCUCUGAUCGCUGGCAUCGCCAUCCCCGCCAUGAUCAUAGGCAUCCCUGUGUAUGUGGGGAGAAAG